AUGACCACACCCACCAUUCUCGGAUUGUUGUUGGCUGACAAACAAAUUGGAGUCGCCAAGUUUGCCAUCGACGAUGCCAGCGACAAGACUGUGUACACACCGUUUGUUUACAAUGGUAAACAACUGGUUCUCGAAUGUCAAGGGCACUUGGCUGCCAGCGGCAUAAAGAUCUUCAAGAACGGCAAGUCCGAAAAUCAUGUCAUCAGUAUUGUCAUGGACGAUUCCGAUGUGUUGGAAUCCUUGGUCGACAUGUUGGGGGCGUUGCCUCAACUUGCGCAAGGCGAAGAAGAAUGGGAACCCAAACAUCCGACGUGGAACGGACGUGUGGACUUUUCUCUUGGAGUCAACAAAAAGAGCGGCGCCUACUACGCCGACAUCACGCCGAAAUUCACCCCAAAGACCGCCUCCAAACAAGAGACCAAUCUACAGAAGGGGUACAGUUGUGAGAUUGUUUGUUCCGUCAAGGCGUACAUCAACCCAGAGAAAAAGUCGUACGGAUUGGCGUUGGGUGUGCGCAAAGUCACCGUCGAUAAAUCCAACGUGAAGGAAAUUGAGUUCAAUGAACGUGAAUACGAUGAUCUCGAAGUGAUCAUGUUGUACUAUAUAAAGAGAGGGCCCACACAAUUCUUCUAUAGGCCCAUUGGUGUCGAACACAACAUGGAAUCCAUCCACUCUACAAUCCAAUGGUUCAAGGACAUGUGCGAGCGUAAAUUGAAGGACCCCCCUCCCAUCGCACUUGACUUAAAGUACGGAUACGGCGUGGAGGAAGACGAUAACGACACGGUGAUCGACGAGGAUACGGACUCUGUGUUGGUAGAGCGUUUGACGGAAGGAUUAUGGAUUGUACCUGUAAACGCCCCAGCCAGACUCGACGACUAUUGGACCAUGUUCAGGUACACAUUUCCCGAACAGCAACGUAGUGGCCUCGCGUAUCUACUCAUCGAACGUCGCGACGCAGCGCUGGAAAUGGCCACCGAAACGGCCAUCAACGCUCAGUGUGUGAUGUCGCCAGCGUUGAAACGCAGGUUCUUGCACCUGGCGCUGGAAUCGCGUAUGGAGUUGAGACGAAGGGAGGUGGUUCUCCUCAACUUCCAGGUGCACACAGGCUUGUUGGGGAUCCGCUCAGGGUGUGUUGGGGAACUGUUUUUGGCCUGUUCUGCGCUGCACCGGAUCCGCGUGUUUUUGUACGAUCUGUUGGAGAAGGACUUGGUGACGCGGGGGCUUGGGAAGAACUUGAAGAAAGCCAAGCAUGACCACCCGACGGCCAUGAAGCGGGUCAUGUUGCUGAAUGCGAAACCAUCUCGUUCAAUGGGGUUUGACGAUCUCGCGAUGAACUUGCCCCACCAACUGGAUUUGGUGGCCACCUACUUUCAAACAUUAAUGGAUCACAUGAUUCGGGACGAUCGUUACGUAAUUAGAUUUGAGGAAUUAAGUGUAUUAACGCGUUUAUGUGACAUGGCCGUCAAAAGUAUGGGUGGUGUAUUGAGUCUAUGCCUACACGAAUAAGAGCUACUUUCUACUACACUACUACUACACUCGCAGUUGCGUUGGACGUCUGACAAGGUGCAUCACUUUUUGUUGUUUUUGAUGAAGAGGGGA